AGCUACUUGCUACUCCCAGCACCUUCUGCUCUAGAACUGCAGAAUAGCUACUUGCUACUCCCAGCACCUUCUGCUCUAGAACUGCAGAAUAGCUACUUGCUACUCCCAGCACCUUCUGCUCUAGAACUGCAGAAUAGCUACUUGCUACUCCCAGCACCUUCUGCUCUAGAACUGCAGAAUAGCUACUUGCUACUCCCAGCACCUUCUGCUCUAGAACUGCAGAAUAGCUACUUGCUACUCCCAGCACCUUCUGCUCUAGAACUGCAGAAUAGCUACUUGCUACUCCCAGCACCUUACCGUAGGAUAGCUACCCGUUCCCUACAUGAUCAGAGGGAGGGGUCGGUUGCGGAUUCUCCUGUUCCUGCCAGCAAAUGGUUAAUCGCUUGGCAUUGCCCCAGGGGGCAGAGAAUCCUUGGCAGGUGAUUCCCCCACCCUCAUUCAUUUCUCAUGUGUCUGAGCAAUAAAUAGACGGGGGCUCAUGUUACACCACAGGGAGGGGCAGAUGGUCUGUGUGUAACCACUAACCUUUCCCUCCGGGGUCACACAGGCAGCACCUCAAUCCCCACAUUAUUAUAGCACCACUGUGGAUUGCUAGCUCUUGUGCCCAGUGCUGGGUAUAUAUACACACGUUGCUGUACCAGCAGGGGCUGUGGGUAGUGACAUGGGGCACUUGCAGGUACAGCUCUAUGUGUGGCCCCUAGGAACACAGGACACAGCUGGUUAAACACUUAGGGCCCCUCAAUAAUGAAGCCGGGGCUCCGAACGAUAUUUUCUUUUAUCUGCAUUAAGUGUUUCCCUGACAGACAAUUUGGGAGGGUGAGGAGGGGCUGCUCAUUGGCUGAUCCUAUCUGGGUGGAGCCUGAUGUGACUCAACAUUUCUGUCCUCCUCACUGACCCUGCGAGACUGACGGACUAUACUCUGCCCCCCUCUCUCUCUCUGCACCUGCUCCACUGGGUCUCCCCUCGACUGCCAGAGACCCCCCGCUGCACCCACCCACCUCUACCAGGAGAGACAACUGCCUCUACAAAUCUUCCACCCUCUGCCCAUCAGCCUCUGCAAAGAGACCCACCGAAUUCUCAGCGGCCGCCUCUCCCCAGGGCACAAGAUGUUUCUGAUGAAGCAGUUGAACCAGGGGGGCUUUGGGAAUGUCCUGCAAGGCCUGGCAGGGGGGCAGGGGGGAGGAGGAGGAGGCCAAGGCCAAGGAGGCAUCGGGAAUAUUAUUGGGGGGGCAAUUGGCAGCUUUGCUGGUGGGCAGCAAAGUAGUGGCCAAGGAGGAGGUGGCGGUGGGCAAGGAGGUGUCGGAAAUAUUCUGCAGGGGGCACUCAGUGGCAUCGCUGGAGGUCAGGGAGGAGGCCAAGGAGGCAUCGGCAAUAUCAUUGGGGGGGCAAUUGGCAGCUUUGCUGGUGGGCAGCAACGCGGUGGCCAAGGAGGAGGUGGCGGUGGGCAAGGAGGUGUCGGAAAUAUCAUUGGGGGGGCAAUCAGUAGCCUUGCAGGUGGCCAAGGAGGAGGGGCUGGCAAAUUUCUGCAAGGGGCAAUCGGAAGUCUGACUGGAGGAGGCUCUGGACAAGGUGGAGCCGGGAACCUUGCAGGUGCCGGUGGAGCUGGUGGUGGGCAAGGCGGUGGACAAGGCGGUGGGCAAGGGAUGAUCAUUCUGGGAGGAAUUCUCAAUGUUAUAGGAGAUGCGAUUGCCAACUACAAGCCUGCACCCCCUCCCGUGGCCGUGGCCAACGUCUACCAACAACAGGCAAACGAGAACGAUGAGCAGCAGAAGUUUCGGCGCCUGUUUAAGCAGCUGGCGGGGGAGGACAUGGAGGUGAAUGCCAACGAGCUGAAGAACGUGCUGGACAAGGUGGUGGCCAAACACCAGGACCUGAAGACCAGUGGAUUCAGUAUUGAUACGUGCCGCAGCAUGGUGGCCAUCAUGGACAGUGACGGCACGGGCAAACUGGGCUUCGAGGAGUUCAAGUACCUGUGGAACAACAUCAAGCAGUGGCAGUGUAUUUACAAACAGUUCGACACCGAACGCUCCGGGUACAUCAACUGCCAGGCGCUCCCAGGGGCACUAAAGGCCGCCGGCUUUGACCUCCAUGACCAACUGCAUGUCCUGCUGGCACGGCGCUAUGCCGACGAGAAUGGCAACAUCAACUUCGACAGCUUCAUCAGUGCCCUGGUCCGACUGGAUGCCAUGUACCGUGCCUUUAAAGCCCUCGAUAGGGAGAACACUGGGCAUGUGCAGGUACAGAUGCCCGAGUGGCUCAAACUGACCAUCUACUCCUGAGGUGCCCGUGGCAAAUAGAGGGCACCUAUAUCCACAUAUCUCUUCCCUGGAGAGAAGGACUUCACUACUGAACGGUGCCCAGCCAAUCCCAGCACAGGGGCAGAGAGGAUUCUGGGACAUAUCAGUGAGUCUCUGAACUGCAUUUUGCUUCAUUUGCUGCCCCAUUAUAAAACUGUCAGACAUGGAGCUCGUUCUACUGACAGCCAAUCACAGCGCUCCUGUAUCUGCUGAAUGUUUCCCUUGCCCCCGCCCCCGUAAUAAAUAUCUGAUGCUUAAAGGAA